AGGCGGACCAAUCUAGGUGGUCUCUUCCGGUGUCAUGGCAUCGGUUGCGUGUCCGGAGCAAAACAGGGAGAGCUAGAUGUUUGCUAGACUGCGUUUGGUGGCUUCAGUUUGCUGUGGACUGCUUAGAAAGAACCUGAGAGACCUCCGAGCUAUGCAAUGGAGGCGGUGACCUUUGAAGAUGUGGCUGUGAACUUCAGCAAAGAGGAGUGGACUUUGCUGAGUCCAACCCAAAAGAACCUCUACAGAGAUGUGAUGGAGGAAACCUUUAGGAACAUGACUGUGAUAGGAGGACUUGGGAAUAUACUGGAAGCUGAAAAAGAAUGCAAAAUUUACUGGAGAUACUUAAGAAAUGACAAGCUGGGAAAAUCCUACGGACACACAUCUUGGAAUCAGUGUAAAGAAGUAUUCCUUUGUACUGAAGAAGAUAAUGUGAAUGUGAAAGAAACAAAAACACAACACAUUUUUCAGAUCAAUGAAAAAUAUUGCAGUGGAGGGAAACCCUAUGUAUACAAGCAAUGCGGGAAAGGUUUUACCACACGUGGAAUUUGUAAGAAUCAUGAAAGAAUUCACAGAGGAGAGAAACCCUACAUAUGUAAGCAAUGUGGGAAAGCUUUUAGCACUAACAUUUAUUGUCAAAUACAUGAAAAUAGUCACAAAGGUGAGAAACCCUAUGUAUGUAAGCAAUGUGGGAAAGCUUUUAUCACACACGGAGCUUGUAAGCAACAUGAAAGAAUUCACACUGGAGAAAAACCCUAUGUUUGUAAGCAAUGUGGGAAAGCUUUUAGCACUAACAUGUAUUGUCAAAUACAUGAAAAUAUUCACAAAGGUGAGAAACCCUAUGUAUGUAAGCACUGUGGAAAAGAUUUCACCCAUCCUGGAAAUUGUAAACAACAUGAAAGAAUUCACACUGGAGAGAAACCCUCUGUAUGUAAGCAAUGUGGUAAAUCUUUUACCACACGAGGAGAGUGUAAACAACAUGAAAGAAUUCACACUGGAGAGAAACCCUAUGUAUGUAAACAAUGUGGGAAAUGUUUCACCCACCCUGGUAAUUGUAAGCAACAUGAAAGAAUUCACACUGGAGAGAAACCCUAUUUAUGUAAGCAAUGUGGGAAAGCUUUUAACACACGUGCAUAUUGUAAGGAACAUGAAAGACUUCACACUGGAGAGAAACCCUAUGUAUGUAAGCAAUGUGGGAAAGCUUUUUACACACGUGGAGUGUGUAAACAACAUGAAAGAAUUCACACUGGAGAGAAACCAUAUGUAUGUAAGCAAUGUGGAAAAGGUUUCACCCAACCUGGAAAUUGUAAGCAACAUGAAAGAAUUCACACUGGAGAGAAACCCUAUAUAUGUAAGCAAUGUGGGAAAGCUUUUACCACACGUGGAGAGUGUAAGAGUCAUGAAAGAAUUCACACUGGAGAGAAGCCCUAUGUAUGUAAGCAAUGUGGGAAAGCUUUUACCACAUAUGGAGGUUGUAAGCAACAUGAAAUUAUUCACACUGGAGAGAAACCCUAUGUAUGUAAGCAAUGUGGGAAAGCUUUUACCACACAGAGAGAUUGUAAGAGACAUGAAAGAAUUCACACUGGAGAGAAACCCUGUGUACGUGAACAAUGUGGGAAAGCUUUAACCACACAUGGAGAUUGUAAAAUACGUCAAUGACUUCACACUGGUGCGAACUGUAUGUAUAUAACAAUGUGGCAAAGCUUUUACCAUAUACAGUCAUUGCAAAAUACAUGAAAUAAUUCACACUGGGAAGAACCACUGCUAUAUAAGCAAGUGAAGACACUUUCAGCAGCCAGAGUGAAAGUGAAAUACAUAAAGAAACUCAUACUGGAGAUAAAUCCUAUGUGUUACAGGAAUACUCUCAGCACACAUGAUGAUGGUUACAUAUCUGAAAGAGCUCACUGGGCAGAGAUCCUAUGUGGAUUAACAAUGUGAGAAAUACAGCAAUCCAUGUCUGUUGUUAAAUACAUAGAAAAAGCAUAACUAUUCAGACAGUUUAGAUCUAAGUUUACUUUAAAUAUCCCAAGGAGACCUGAAGAAAUAAUCAAUACAGAAGUUUGAUGUCAAUAUUUCUUCACAAAUUGUGUUCUGAUUAGUUCCAUGACAUGAAUAAUGCUAGCUCUGGCAACAAUCUGUAUUCCUCAUCCCUGUCCAACCAUGAAUUCUGGGUUCUAUACUAAUUUUGAUGAUCUCUAAUUAUGUCCCAGUGUCAUUAAGGUGAAAUUGGAAUUUUAUUUGUACCAGGGAUCAAACUCAUGACCUCAUGCUUGCCAGGCAGGCAUUCAUGCCACUGAGCUAAAUAUCCAGCACUGAAAGUGUUUUCUGUAUACUAUGCAAGACAGUAACAUUGUUCCUUAGAAAGUGUCAAAUAUUGUUGGAAUUUUUCUAUAUUGUAUGCUUAUAAUUUUUUAAAACAAACCAAAGGUGUCUUAUGCAGUCACUUUUCAAGUUUCACUUUGUCUGAGGGGUGUCUCAGUCACGGUUUCAGUAUUCAGAAAGCUCUGUAACUUAAGCUAGCCCCAAACUCGAGGCAGUUCUCCUGCAUCGGCCUCCCAAGAUAUAUUUCUUAUAUCUGAAUGGAAAGUGAUCAGUUCGUGACCCUGAGCUAUAAUUUGCAGCUUGGGCCUGGUUUCAUUGUUUAUACAUUUUUACAUAAAACUGUUUUUCAUUAAUAUUUGAGUCAUUAUUUAUGUACCAUAUUUGAUGUUAUUUAUGUUUUGUUCCAUGAGACCAAAUUCAAAUAUCAAAAUGCUGCUUACGUAUAUUAAGAACAAAGAACUCAGUGGCCUAAAGGAGAUUUGAAGAGAUAUCAUCUGUAGUCUAUCAGAGUGAUUGAUGAGAUAUUUGUCUGCCUCUGUGCUGUGUGGAUGCUGGUCCUGCAGGCUCCCACUGUGAGUGCUGCUUUAGAGACAGUGCACAUGGACUCUUGCAGUGACUCAGUACAAGAAUCAGUGCUCCUGUUUGUCUGUUACAUUAGCAGUGAGUUGCAAUAUAGCAUCAAAAUUGCUGUCUCCAACAAUGUGUAUAUACACAAAACUAAUGACCAAGACAUGGAUUUAAAUUUGAAGAAUUCAGUCUCCAUUCAGCUGUUUUGUUUGGUUUUGUUUGUUUGGAUUAAUUUCUGUAUGUAUAUCAGCUGGAUUAGAACCCCCUAAGGAGUUAGAAUUGCCCUGACGUCACAGCAGCCCUCCUGUCUCAGUAUUUUGAGUGCUGGGAUUAUAGAUAUGUACCACCACACUUUGUUUUUGAUUCAGAUUUUUAUGAGAAAAUUUAAGAUAUCUCAGAUCUGGUGUCUCAACCUUCCUUUGAGAAAUAUAUGUAUGAUACUUUAGGAGGUGACCUUGAGGAUGUGGCUGUGUACUUCAGCAGUGAAGAGUGGACUUUGCUGAGUCCAUUCCAAAAGAAGCUCUACAGAGAUGUGAUGGGCAAAACAGGAACAUGGCUUCUAUAGGUAAGGAUGACAUCUCUUUGUCACUCAUGCUAUCAGAAUAUUGUUUGUUGCUCAUCAGUGCUGCUUCAUUAAAAAGAAUGUGAAAAUAUUUUGAAAAAUAGCUCAGACCUUGUCACAUUAUAUCAUAAAUCUAAUCAAAAUCUAUUAAUUUGUAUAUAUUACUAUAAUGAGCCCUGGUAUUUCUAUGUCUACCAUUCAGGAAGACUUGGGGAUAACCAGGAAACUGAAAUUGGAUGCAAAAUUUACUGGAGAUACUUAAGGUAAUUUGUACUCACAAGGAGAAGGGAUGUUCCUGAGUAAUUAGUGAGUCAGCAGAAAAAUGACAGCCAAAGAAAUGAGGCACCAUUCAAUUUAAUGUUGGUAAUAUUCUCCAAAGAUGUAUAAGCUCAAGCAUGUAUAAUGAGGGAAAUAAAUCAUCAAAAUAUAUGACACUGUAUUUAGAUGUGUACAAAAGUCAUACGCUUUUAGUUUUGAUAACAUCCUACCUUCAGUUUACCUAUCCAUGUAUACAUGUGGAUACAACACAUUCAUGAUCUAAAAAUUGCUAAGAUUGUAGUAGAACUGAGUGCUCAUGUUUCUAAGCCAUGCUCUAGAAAAUCAGUCCAUUCUGAGUAAAAUUCUUCAUAAGCUGGGGGAAUGUUAAGUGUACUCAUUCUGAAUAUCAGUAUGCAGUUGUCUCUAGAAGUUGAUCCCCUCAUAAUUCUCUUUGAAACAUUUUCAAAAACAAAAUCCACAUAAAAUACAGAUACAUGCUUACUCAUAUAUAAAGCAGAUUAAGUUAUAACAGAUGAGGCCUUGAAGAAGCUUAGCUAUCUCUCACUGGAUUUGUUGAGAAGUAAAAUGUUAAUAGACUCUCUGUGAUAGUGCAUUCUUAUAAACCCAGUAGCACCCUAGGAAACAAAUUUUCAGAAUGGCAAAUUCAAGUUCAAACUUCACAGCUUAAUGAUCAGGAAAAUCUCUUAAAAUAAAUAAAAAGCUAGAGAUUUUGUGCUAAUAUCUGUUGUUCAUUCCAAGCAUGGAAAAGAAAAAAAUGUGUUAUAUAAUAAGUGAAAAAAUAUAAUAAUAUAAUGUCAUUUGCCAUAAGAAAUAGGUGGGUCUUUCUCCCAUCAAUUCAGUGAAAUAGCUCAGCUGUGAAGUGUAAAAGGUCACAGGGUUUCUUUUAGAUGAGAAACCAAAAUAUAAAUUGUGGAAUGAAAUGAAAGAGAGUUGAUAGAGACAGGUAAGACUGACAAUUUGGAGAAGGGAACUACAGGUUGAGGACAGAAGGGAGACUAUGAUAGGGAAAUAUAUUAGAAUGAUCAGUAUGUGAUACACAUAUGUACCCAUGCCCAGAUUGAAGCUAAAUAUUCUGCAUUUCAAAAUGUACCAACUUUUUAUAUUCCCAAAUGUGUACCAGUCUUUUUGGAGUGGUUGUUUUCAACAUAUCUUACAAGGCAUUCUGUUGCUUCACUGUCAGAAUUUCUUGGCAGGCAUCAAAUAGAACUUGUCAUUAAUGCAGUCAUUAACACAGAGACCCAUUUCACUGUGAUUUUUUUUCUUUUUAUAAAUUUUAUUUAAAGAAAGACUAAACAAAACAGAAAAUGGGUAGAAAUAAUACUACUUUCAAAGUGAAAAUAAACAGUAAGAAAUCCCUAAGUGAUUAUUACAUAUGGUGCUCAUUGAAAUAGUUAAUCAAGAUACAAAAGUGAAGCAUAUGAAAUGGGGAUUCAAACAGCGAGACUGCAAACAGUUUUGUUCAAUUCUCCAACCAAAACUUACUAAUAUGGUCAUCAAUCCUAUCCGUGAUUUUUUUUCUUUACAGAAAUGACAAGCUAGGUAAAACCUAUGGACAUACAUCUUGGAAUCAGUGUAAAGAAGUAAUCCUUUGUACUGCAGAAGGUAAUGUGGGUGUGAAAGAAACAGAAACACACCACAAUGUUCAGUUCCAUGAAAAAUAUUGCAGUGGAGGGAAACCCUAUGUAUGUAAGCAAUGCGAGAAGGGUUUUACCACACAUGGAAUUUUUAAGAAACAUAAAAGAAUUCACAGAGGAGAGAAACCCUACAUAUGUAAGCAAUGUGGGAAAGCUUUUACAGCAGGUACAUAUUGUCCUGUACAUGAAAGUCUUCACUCUGGAGGAAAACGUUAUAAAUGUAAGCACUGUGAGAAAGCUUUCAGCACACGUACUUAUUGUGUAAUCCAUGACAAACUUCACAAUGGACAGAAAUUGUAUAUACAUAAGAGAUGUAGGAAAGCUUUCAGCAAAAACAUUCAUUGUCAAAUACAUGAAAAAGUUCACACUGGCGAGAAACCCUAUGUAUGUAAGCAAUGCGGGAAAGCCUUUACUGGACAUGGACAUUGUAAGCAACAUGAAAGUUCACACUCAAGAUAAACCCAGUGUAUAUAAGCAUCAUGACAAUGGUUGAGCACAUGAACAUUUUGCAUAAUGCAUGAAAUCUUCACAUUGUGCAGAAAAGUUAGAUAUGUAAGGAAUGUGGGAAAGGUUUCAGGUGAAACGCUCAUUGUUCAACACAUGAAAAAAUAUCCACACUGUUGAUUAAACUUAUGUAUGUAAAGAAUGUGGGAAAGCUUUCACCACACAUGGAUAUUGUAAAAUACAUCAAUGACUUCACACAGGUGAAAAACCCUAUGUACAUAACAAUGUGGCAUAUCUUUUACCACAUAGAGUCAUUGCAAAACACAUGAAAGAAUUCACACUGCAAUGAACCACUGGCUAUGUAAGCAAGUGGAGACAGUUUCAGCAGCCAGACUGAAAGUGAAAUACAUGAAGAAACUCACACUGGAGAUAAAUCCUAUGUGUUAUGGGAAUACUUCAGCACACCUGAUGGUUGUUACAUAUCUAAAAGAGCUUCCUGGGCAGAAAUCCUAUGUGGAUUAGCAAUGUAAGAAAUAGAGCAAUCCAUAUUUGUUGUUAAAUACAUAAAAAAGCAUCACUGUCAGACUGUUUAGAUCUAAGUUUACUUUUAAAAUCACAAGGAAACCUGAAGAAAUAAUCAAUACAGAAGUUUGAUGUCAAUAUUUCUUCACAAAUUUUCCAGAAAUGACAAAUCUGAGGUGGAGCUCUCCUCAAGUACAGAUGUUACAUGGUUUUCAGUUAAUCACUUGUACCUUUCUAGAUUUUUUAAAGUGUCUUUGUGCUUCAACAUGGCAUCUUGUAAUUAAACAUGGUAAACUGAAAUGUGCUUUUCAAUUUCAAGUAUGGAUAGUGUCUAUGUACUUAAUGUUUUGUCUUUAAUACUUAAUCUUCAUAUUUUUGAUGAAUUGUAGUGUUUUUUAAUUAAAGAGAAAAAACAGAAAAAUAGGGUAGAAAUGAUACAGAAUUUCAGAAAAAUAAACAAUAAGAAAUCACUAGUUGAUAAGUUACACAUUGUCAUCUUAGAAAUAGUUGUUCAAGUUACAAAAUUAAAGCAUACAAAGUGACAUUCAAAUAAUGACACUGUGAAAAUUUCUGCUCAAUGAUCCAACAAAAACUUAGUAAUAUGCUGUCCUACACAUUUAUUUUUUAUCUUAAAGUGGGUAAGAUUAAACAUGAGAAAACAGAACAGAACAUUUCAUAAGAAAACAAGAUGAGGAAACACAGAUUUCAAAGCAAGUCCAUUCGAUAUGUUCACUGUCUAUCUUACUGUCUAGUUUUCUUCCAAAUUGUUGUUCCCAUCUUCACAUGCAUUGAAUAUAUACUGGACAUUAUAGAACUAAUUAAAUAAUUGCAGGAUGAUGAAGGCUUUUUGGGUCUUCAAAACCUUAUUUUGGGGAAGUUGAUAAUGACUACCAUAAUAUCUCUCAUUCUCUUUGUAGUAGCUGUCUUUAUCUUUACAUAUGCUCAAAUUGAACAUAAGAGACUAGACUAAUAUGACUCUGAACAGUGAAUAGUAGUAUCCUGAGAAGGGUAAAGGUGAGGAAUUGCCUAAAAAAAGGCAGAGGACAUUGUUAAAUGUGUAUCAGAAUUUAAAAGCUAUAGUAGUCUUAUUGCUCUGUUUAUAUUUUGUUCCAGUCUGUCUAUUCAUAUUACAUUUGAGGGCACAGACAGAUAACCCAAAAAUAGCAGGUUAUACCAUGGUAACUAUCCUUAAUUUUCUAUUAACUUAAACUGAAACCCUGUGUUAUUUACUUUGUCUUACUAUGACUGGUCUUAUUUGAAGCUGUUUUGUUUGAAUGCUAUUUUGCCUUGACUGAUUUUAUUAACAUUUGGUAUGCUUGCUGUAUCAAGUCUAAGAGUAGAGGCAACUACUCUGAAGAUGACAAGAUGUAAAAGAUGUGCAUUCCAGUUUUGAUUAUUAAUUGCUUUCAAGUCCUACAAUGUCUUUAAAGUUGUAUUUUUAUAAAAAUAGCUAUGUAUUGGUAUGCUUAAUGAUAUAAUGCCUGAUGAUGUGGAAAAUUCUAUUGAAAAUAACAAGAGAAAGCAUAGUAACUACUGUACAUCACCUAAUAUUGUGGUCUUAUGUGUCUUUUUCAUAUCAUGUUUUCCUAGGAAUUUGUUUUGUUGUCUUGUUUUGAUCUGUUUUUCCCAAUAAUAAAAAUGGAUAGGUAUACAUGUAGAGAUUCACACAUGGGAAGAAUUUCUAAACUAUUUUAGGAAUAAAUUAUAUAAUACAUAAUGUAAUGAAUGGAUACACUGAAGAAGAGACACUAAGAAACCCAAUGCUAAUUCUGUAUCAUUAUGAUAUAAAAUCAAGCAAUACUAUUAUUCACUGUUCAGAUUUUUGUUAGUCUAGCCUAUUUUGUAGUGAAUUGUUAUUUUAACACUGCAUUUGCUUUAAUCUUUUAAUACACAUGCUUCAUUUUCUGUGUCAUAAAUGAUGUUUCUGAAGUUGAUGCAAUAUUUGGCAUUAAGAUAUACAUUUAUAGAGGCUUGGAGCAUGUGUUUUUGACAAAGUUGUGUUCUUUUCACAUAACUUGUACAUUAAUGAAGUUAAGUUUUCCAUGUUGUGAUGAGAUACCUGUUGAUUUCUUAACAUCACUUGAUAUCAUACCAUGUACAUUGUGUUGCCUGAUUUUCUUUCUCACUGGAGGCAAUAUUUGUUAUUUAAGUAAACCCUUGUUUUCCUAACCAUCAGAAUUUAACUGUUAUAUUUAUAUUACAUCUUUACUUCGCUAUUAAUUUUCCCCACAUGUACCAAAAGUAAACCAUGCCACUGUGAAUUUCUGCUUGCCCCAUACUGACAGAACCAUAACUUGUCUCCAUACAAAUAUCACAAAAUAUAUUAAUAUCUCCUGAAAUUAUAAAAUGUGGUAUGAUUUAUGAGUAACCAUACUUUGAAAGGAAUUUUUCUUAAAUGUGGAUUUGUUUUUGGAAAAAUGUUGUUAUUGAAUGUAUCAUGCAAAAUGCCUUUAUUUUAUUCCUUGAUGCUGUGAACACUUUAUAUAUUUUGUAAUUAUUACUGCUUUUUCCUAAAACACUAAAAUAAUGCCAUGAAGGGAAACCUAAAUUUUGAGCUGUCAGCACAGUAAAAAGCAAAUUUGCUAAAUCAAGAUUCAGAUGGUGUUGUGUUUUACUGCA